AUGGCCACCCAAACAAGAGAACACGGUGGCCACCACCACCAUCACCACCACCAUCAUGGCAGUAAUGUCUACCUCACAUCAACCGACAAACACGAUGCUGGAGUCCGCAUCACGCGGAUAGGCUUGCUCGCUAACCUGUGUAUGGCCAUUGGCAAAUUCAUUGGUGGCUAUGUGUUCCAUUCCCAGGCCCUCAUUGCCGACGCCUAUCACGCCCUCACCGAUCUGGUCUCGGAUAUUUUGACUUUAGCCACGGUUGCUUGGUCGUUGAAGCCGCCGUCGGAGCGGUUUCCCAACGGCUACGGAAAGAUUGAGAGUAUUGGAGCUCUAGGUGUGAGCGGGUUGUUGCUGUGCGGCGGCGUCUUCAUGGGCCUCAACUCCGGGCAGGUCCUCCUACACCAAUUCUACCCUGGCAUCGCCGAAGCAAUUGCGCACGUGGGGGCUCUGGGGCACAGCCAUUCGCAUAGCCAUGGGGUGGAAGCGCUCGGCCCAAGCAUCCAUGCUGCUUGGCUGGCUGCUGGAUCUAUCGUGGUCAAGGAAUGGCUUUACCAUGCCACCAUGAAGGUCGCCACGGAACGCAAGUCGUCAGUCUUGGCCUCCAACGCCGUCCACCACCGAAUCGACUCCCUGACCAGCGUCGUUGCUCUUUUUACGAUUGGUGGAUCCUACAUGUUCCAAGAUGCUUCCUGGCUGGAUCCCGUGGGAGGACUCCUCAUCUCACUUAUGGUCAUAAAAGCUGGAUGGGGCAAUACCAAGAUUUCCCUCCUGGAGUUGGCAGACACCACCGUGGACGACGAUGUGAAGGCUUCGGUGCACAAAGCGGCUACUAAGGCACUGUCUUUACUGGACAGUGGCGAGUUGCUCAGAAUCCAUGAUGUCCAAGGGAUGAAGUCGGGCCAGAAUUAUCUUAUGGAUGUCGAGGUCGCAGUGCCAGGCGCGUGGUCCAUUAACCGUGCUCGCGAGGUGGAAGAGGCAAUGCGCACUGCUGUCGGAGAACGAGUCCGCGGCGUCAAGCGGGUCAAAGUCCGGUUCAUUCCUCUUGAGCAUCAGGAGUUGACCUUCACUGAAGAAUUUAUUCCGGCUGAGGUGACUUCGCGGGCGCGUCCUGAGCCGGAGGAUGGUGACGAGCCCGAGCACGACCACGAGCAUGAGCACGAAAACCGCAAAAGCCGUUAG